UAGUACGUUUGUACCCGUUUGUACUGAGCUUCAAAUGUUUUGUUAAUCGCAAAUUCAUUUUUAAAUAAAUAACGCAAGUAGUGUACUUGUAGCUACAGUACACUUUAAUGAAAAAAGUUGAUUUGUCAUUUUUUGCCAUCUAAUAUCAUAAACAAAAUUAUAAUGAUGAUUAUUCAUUUUUCAUGAGGCUACAAACAAAGUCAAGACAUGUACAAUGAUGUACUAACGGUGUACAAUACAUGUACAUUAGUUAGUGUUUCCAUCCCCCCCACCCCGCUUAAGUACAUUCGGGUAGCACAUUGAACAGGAUGAGAGAGGUUAUGUCGUGGUAUUGGCCACAAAUUGGCAGCUUUCUCAUUAUUUAAAGGAGAACAAUUAAAAGGAAACAAACAGGAAGAAAGUGAAUAGGUUAUGUCAGAUGCAGAAUGAAUGCAGGUGAAUUCUGACUGCUUGUGAAUGAAGAUCUGGUUUAUAGUUAGUCAUUACCGAGGGGAAGAGGUACGUUCAGCAGUGAACCAUGGCUGAUCGACUAACACAACUCCAAGACACAAUAAAUCAACAAGCUGAGCAUUUUUGCAACAGCGUGGGCAUCCUCCAGCAGUACUCAACCCCGAGUAAAUUUCCUGGUUUCGAUCGUGUUGGAACGCCACAGCCACAUCAAACCCAAGAAGACUACGCCUCGCUCUUCGCCACCUUGAUUGCACGUUGUGCAAAAGACAUCGACACACUCAUAGAAAGUCUACCAAGUGAGGAGUCCUCCCAGGAGCUUCAGGUCGCCAGUCUCAGUCGAUUGGAGCAGGAGAACAUCGAGGCUGGUGAACAACUGGAGGAGGUUGUUCGACAGGGUGAAGCACUCCUCCAGAGGAUCCAGGCCGCCCUUCAGGAUAUUGCACAGAGCCAACUUGACAUGCAGAAUCCAAUAACUCCUGGCACAGCUGUCUUGAAUACUAAUUUGACAGCAAACAUAACUGCAAAUGUCAACCCCACGCAGUCGUUUAUAAAACAGGAAAAUUUUGGAAAUAUCGGACUGGCGACGACCAACAAUACACAUUCAGAUCCAUCACCAAAUUCAAUGAAUCAGACAAGAUCUGCUAGAAGUUCAAUAAUUUUUCCACCACUUCCUAUGAAGACAGGUGAACAUCAUAAUUGCAUCUCGGACUUUGGGUUCAACCGAAAUCAAAAAAUUAUUUUCAUGACUAGACAGACGACAGUUCUACAGUUUUCUCUAUUAUCAAUGAUCGCUCGGCCAGCUUGGGCAGUGCAUAAUAUGCAUUGGGCAUCAGUAACAAAUCAGAGCUCACAUAGUUCACAAGAGAGUCUCGCGCGCAACCAACAUUUAUCUGAAUUUCACCUCAUCAUUCAAUUAUCAACGAUUAAAAAGGACUCACCUCCACGAAACAGCUCUCAAAUAAAAAUUUACUUUGAAUUCAGGACUCAUUUGGUCUGUCCAGGGGAGAACAUCCUGAACUUGCCAAAUGUCAGACCCAAAUUACCCAUUUAUGGAGGAUGCUUGGAAGUAAUGAACGGUAUGGAGAAACAUGGACAUGGUCACGGCCAUUCUCACCACCACCACCAUCAUCAUCACCAUCACCACCAUGGCUCCUCGUCCCACAGUGGACAAUCAAUGCAGACGAGUCAGUCGAAGCAUAGCCAUGGACACAGCCAAUAUCAGCAGAAAGAGAUGUCAUCAGGUGGCCAGCAUCAGCUACAGCAACCACCAUCGACAGCUCCACCCCCACUGCCAGCAUCAUCGUCAUCCUCGUCAUCAUCAUCGUCGUCAAUUCAAAAAUUGAGGAAUUACAAACUCCUGGUCGAUCCAUUCCUCACGAAAGGUGCUGCCAAAGUGUAUAGAUACGAUGGAAUUGUACCUGGUGAUCCAACCCAGGUACCAAUUCAAGUUCGUGAUCCUCGCUCUCCAUUAACAAGAAUAUGGACAAGACUGGAACAGCUGGAUCUACCAGUGCCACGAUUUAAAAUUGACGCCAACUACUGCGGUGAUCCACCACCUCUGGAGGUGACAUUUUGCCACUUGAAUGACAACAUUGACAGGAUAUUUCUCAGUGACAUGGUCCAGAAAUUUGGUGCUGUCGAGGAAUUGACGAUAUACUAUCAUCCACUUACCAACAAACAUCUUGGAAUAGCACGUGUUGUUUUUGAAACAACAAAGGCAUCAAAAGGCUGCGUUGAAAAGCUCAACAAUACCUCUGUAAUGGGAAAAGUACUGCGGGUAUUUCUCGAUGCAUUUGGUGAGGAAUGUAAAAAACUUUACACCGACCUGACAGUUGAAAAAAAACCAGACAAGAAGAUUGAGAAAGAACAGAAGAUCGAGGUUGAACCUGAAAAAAAUACACCAGUUGAAAAAAUAAGCGAUGAUCGUGAUGACUACAGGAGUAAAAAACCCCCAGUUGACAAAACAAGACCUGAAUCAACCCCCUACAUAGAGACAUCCAGAUUCCCCAAGUACAGGGAUUAUCCCACCCCAGGGGGCAGUACUGGCAGUGAUAUUGGCUAUGCAACAGCAUCCAGUGAGAUUAAUUACACUGGUAGUUACUCCCAAGGUUCAACGCCAGCAAGUGGUUACGAUUAUUAUUAUCCUAGUUAUCAUCAUGGCUCCAACAGCUUUGUCCCAGGUAUUCAUCCACCCACGAUAGGCAUGACACCAGUGCAACAGAAUUCUACCGUGUGGUGGCCUGGCAAUUCAACUCCGAAUUUUCCACCAGUCUGGCCUACUCAUCCACCCCCAUCGACUCCAAUUCACAAUUCGUCAGUGACAAAAAUAUCUAAUGCAUCAAAACCAUUUGUCAAUACUAUCGGCAAAGAGAAGGAAAAGGAGACAGACAGCCAACCACCAGCGGUGAAAAAUUCAUCCCGAGAAUCUCCAGUCGAGAAUAAAAAGACAUUGGAUCUCGAUACGAGAAUUGCAAUGCUACUUAAGGACAAAGCUGGUGGAAUGGCACCUCCAUUUCUUCAAUUUGGUAGUGACUCGGAAGAUGAGAAAAAAUCCCAACCAGCUGAGGAUGAACAACCCCUGUCAAUUCCACCGAGUCCAUUUGCAUCGGCUGACAUGUACAAAGAAUGUUUUGAUAAGAAGACUGAGCGUGUACGUGAGAGAAAAAAAACACGUGAAAAUAACGUCAAUAAAUUUUCUGUUGAUGAGGAUUUGGGUAGUGUAAUAAGCUCAAGUGAGGACGAAGCACUACUGGGUAGUUACAGUCCAGCAAUUGAAACUGAACCCGAGCCACCAAAAGAUCCACCACCACCACCACCACCACCUGACGACGACAGAAUGUCGUUGAGCCCACUGAGCUCGGGGGAUGAAAAAAUUGAAGAAGUCAUUGCCCAAUCACAGCCGACAAAUCAAUUGUACUCAGGAGCUGGCUAUCCUGGUCACCUGGAUCCUUAUUCACAAGCUGAUGUUUAUGGUUGGCCAAGACCAGCGCAGUAUCCAUAUUCUUAUGUAUCCCCGUAUAUACCGAAUCAAUACCAGUCAACGACACUACCUGGCACUGUUGGAACCCAUCAGAGCACUAGCUACUACCCUAAUUUCCAGUCUCGUUUUCACUCGAUGGCUAAUCAGAGUAUAUCCAAGGACAAUCCCCAAGGUCCAACGAUAAAUGGUGUACUAAAUAGAGUUGUGAAUGAGCUGAAGCAGAUACUGAAGAGGGACUUCAACAAGAGAAUGGUGGAGAACACAGCUUUUAAAUUGUUUGAGGUGUGGUGGGACGAGAAGAAGAAUGAGAAAAAUCAUGUGAGUGGGGAAACAGCACCGGUGAACAACGUCAUGAAGGAGGAGCCCUCGAAGCAGGUUCUCUCCUCUCUACUGGAGCAAGCAACGCCCCUCGGUCUCAACUACGAUGGCUUCGGCCUGGGAAUAAGAGCCAGCAUGCCCAAGAUGCCGUCUUUCAGACGAAAAGUUAAAGCACCCAGUCCACUGCCCCAGGACGAGGACAGCCGACAGUCUGAUAGAAUGGAUACUGAGCUGAUUGAAAGCGACAGUGAUCUAGAUGUAUCCACGGACACCUCCAAACCAAAACGUAUAUUACCCACCAGUGCCUCAUCAGUCUCAUCGUCUUCCUCAUCGAGCAGUAGUUCCUCAUCAUCAGCGACAGAGUCAGCAAGUUCUGGGGAGAGCUCUGAUGACGAGGACUCGGACAGUAGACUUUCUGAUCAUCGAUUGCUUGCGUGUAACAGUCAGGAUCCAGAUAUUCUCAUGGAGCUGGCAAUUCAACGUUCCCUGGACUGUCCAACACCACCAGGAAGACACACACCAACUCCCAAUGUUGAUCUACCCAAUGUUAGUGAUGAUUUCCCUCAUAUGGACAACGAGCCCAGUCCUGCGACGUCUCCACGACACGAUACUGUACAGAGUUUUGAGACACAUUCAGGAAUUAAGAAAAUGGAGGUGUCACCAGAGGUGACAGUCAAGGAGGAGUCGAGGGAUAUUGAGAGAAUGGAAACGUCUGCUGCUGAAGCACUUAUAUGCCUAGCUGGACAAGACAGUGACAGCAUAAUUAGACACAAGAGUCCAGGGCCUGUUCAACAAAAUAUUAUUCGAGUCUUACAGGGCAUGUCCUCUAAGUACAUCAACGACGAGCCGAUUCUUAGGGAAUCUGAGAAAAUCGAAAUGUUCUCGGAGAUUCCCACGACGGACUCCGAGGAGGAGAGCCUCGAAAUUCGUAGAUUACGGUAUCAGGCUGAGGCUGACCUUCGUGUUCAUGGACAGAAAAGUCCAAGCACUCCAGGCUCCCAGGUCUCCCAGGUUAUCAUCGAGCAUUCGUAUUCACUGCCUCCUCCUGAGGUGCCACAGCUGAAUGAAGUACCUCCAUUGGUUCCGGAAUUACCAGCUAAGGUGACAAAGCAAGUGAAACCGAAACACGAUAAAUCGAAGGAGAGGAAUGAGAAGAGAAAAUUGAACAAGUACAAUGCCAAGGUAACGACUCAUCACAAUCAUGAGAGGGAAAAGGAGAAUAUUCAGAAUGAAAGGUUCACCAAGACCAUUCAGGAUGAUCAACCGGUUGUCUAUAAAGAACGAGUUCUCAUGGCUGAACUGGGUGUUUUGUAUAAAUUUUUAACCCGGGGUAUUGACGCUGAAGAUAUUGAAUAUCUCAAGCGUAGCUACAAUUCUCUUCUUGGUGAUGAUACCCAGGGGUAUUGGCUGAAUGAUACACACUGGGUGGAUUACCCACCCACUGAUGUACCCAGUCCCGCGAAGAAGAGAAAGAGAGAUGAACUCAGGGUACAUUCCACGGGUUGUGCCAGGGCUGAGGGCUACUACAAGGUUGAUAUCAAGGAGAAAGCGAAGCACAAACAUCAUUAUGCACAGAGUAUACAGAGGGCCAAUGAAAUUGAGGAGAGCACGCAUGCUGGUGGUGAUAGCAUGAUCAACAGCUCCAAGGCUGUAAAUAAAGCACUUACUGGAAAAAUGCAGGCACUGUCGCGUGAAGCGAGAAGCAAUCAGAGACGAUUGCUCACUGCAUUUGGAAUUGACACUGACAGCGAUCUACUAAAAUUCAAUCAGCUCAAGUUCAGGAAGAAACAGCUGAGAUUUGCAAAGUCUGGUAUUCAUGACUGGGGUCUGUUUGCUAUGGAGCCAAUUGCUGCUGAUGAAAUGGUCAUCGAGUAUGUUGGACAGAUGAUUAGGCCUAUUGUUGCUGAUCUGAGGGAGUCGCAGUAUGAAGCCACAGGAAUUGGCAGCUCGUAUCUCUUCAGAAUCGAUCUUGAUACCAUUAUUGAUGCUACGAAGUGUGGCAAUUUGGCGAGGUUCAUCAAUCACAGUUGCAAUCCCAAUUGCUAUGCUAAAGUCAUCACAAUCGAGGGUCAAAAGAAGAUUGUCAUUUACAGUAAACAACCUAUUGGUGUAAAUGAAGAAAUAACCUACGAUUACAAAUUUCCACUGGAGGAUGACAAGAUACCGUGUCUGUGUGGUGCACCGCAGUGUCGUGGUACUCUAAAUUGAAAAUCAACUCGAUGGAGUUAUUUUAAAGAAACUUAUUUUGUGCCCCGAAUCAUCAGUCUCAGUGUCACAAAGAAAAUCAAGCUCACUUGGAAGUUUUUUACGCUCUUCCCCAUGUGGUCCAUCCAUUAUCAUGAUCCCUUUACUCAUAUCUUUGUAAAUAAAAUAUUCCCCUCCCUCUCCUAUGUAAACAUUUUAUAAAAAUGCAAUGAAAAAAAAACCGAUAAAUUAUAUAUUAUCAA